GACGGUCUCAGACGCCACAACUAGAUUCUCAUUGGUUCCCGAUGUAUAGUACAUACUUUGCUCUCUUAAACCUAAUAUUUCUUGCUCGAUUUAGCAGCAACAUGAAUAUGAAGCACUUGGCGGUCCACGAUGCCUUAAGAGGGCGGGAUGCCCUAAUGGAGUAUGCCCCGACUAAUCUUGCUACUAUGAGAGCCGUCCAUGCUUUGAACAUCUGUUACCCUGUCCGGUAGCACUUUCAGGAUGAAGAUUAACGUCAAAUUAGGAAUGUAUGGAACAGACCCCACAAUGAUAUGGGCUCGGACAACCUUCCAAUAACAUUAGCCGAGUAAUAAUUUCUCCAGUUCAAUGCGAAUCAGUCAUCAAAUAAACCACAAAAAGUUAUGGGAGGUGUAACAUGCC